UAAUACAUUUUAUUUGCCCGUUCAUUUGGACUUUAUCACAAUUUCCAGCACUUCUAACAAUGUCACUGCAUUUCUCCACUAUUCAAAAAACAAUUCUUCUAAUCUCAUUCUUGCUCCUCGUAACAUUGGCUCCCAGAACAAGUGCAGCUUUUCCAUUCCAAAUUUGUGUCAAAAAAAUGGAAAAAAUGUGCAGAAUCAUCAAUCCAGAGCAGUGUGCACAAGUAAAUAAAAUCACUGAGAUUGGAGCAUUGACAGACUGUUGCACCGGACUGUGCUCCUGGGAAGAAAUCCGGAUCUCCUGCUGCUCCGUUUUAUAAUAUAUAAUUCGUCGUUUUGCCUUUUCAUUGAAUUAUUUUGAAUUUUGUAAAAUGGAAUAAAUGGACAGAUUUGUA